AUGGUGUUUUCCUGGCGAGGAGGCCGCGGAGCUCGGCGCCUGCUGCUGUCGCUUCUGCUCCUCGCAGCCUGGGAGGCCGGGAGCGGCCAGGUCCACUACUCCGUCCUCGAGGAGGCCAAACACGGCACCUUCGUGGGCCGCAUCGCGCAGGACCUGGGGCUGGAGCUGGCCGAGCUGGUGCCGCGCCUGUUCCGGGUGGCGUCCAAAGGCCGCGCGGACCUUCUGGAGGUGAAUCUGCAGAACGGCAUUUUGUUCGUGAAUUCUCGGAUCGACCGCGAGGAGCUGUGCGGGCGGAGCGCGGUGUGCAGCAUCCACCUGGAGGUGAUCGUGGACAAGCCGCUGCAGGUUUUCCACGUGGAGGUGGAGGUGAGGGACAUUAACGACAACCCGCCGGUCUUCAGAGAAAGAGAACAAAAGGUACUUAUUUCUGAAUCUGCACCUCUGGACUCUCCUUUUCCUCUAGAGGGCGCUUCAGAUUCGGAUAUCGGCAGAAACUCUCUUUUGACCUAUAGGUUAAGUCUAAAUGAACAUUUUGAACUUAAAAUAACAACGAAAACCGAUAAAAGUAUAUUGCCUGAACUAGUUCUUCGGAAGUCAUUGGAUAGAGAGGAAAUACCAGAACUUAAUUUAUUGCUCACGGCUACCGAUGGAGGUAAACCGGAGCUAACAGGAUCUGUUCAGAUUCUAAUAACCGUUCUGGAUGUGAACGACAACGCCCCGGCGUUUGAUAAGUCUAUUUAUAAAGUAGCGUUGUUUGAAAAUGCCCAAAACGGAACAAGAGUCAUUCAACUGAAUGCCUCUGAUCUAGACGACGGACUAAAUAGAGAGAUUUUCUAUGGAAUCAGAAUGAUUUUGCCAGUGAGUGAGAAAUGCAUGUUUUCAAUAAAUCCAGACACCGGAGACAUCAGAAUUUAUGGGAAACUAGACUUUGAAGAGAAUACUGAGUAUGAAAUUCAGGUUAAUGCCAUUGAUAAAGGAAUUCCUUCCAUGGCAGGUCAUAGCACAGUCCUGGUGGAAGUUCUGGACUUGAAUGACAAUGUCCCUCAGGUAAUAGUCACUUCGCUGUCGCUCCCCAUCCGAGAGGAUGCUCAGCUGGGCACUGUUAUCGCCCUGAUCAGCGUGUCCGAUCGAGACUCUGGGGCAAAUGGGCAAGUGACUUGCUCACUAACACCCAAUGUACCCUUCAAACUAGUGUCCACCUUCAAGAAUUACUACUCGCUGUUGCUGGAUGGCGUUCUGGACCAUGAGAGUGAGUCAGAAUAUAUGUUGGUGGUGACAGCACGGGACCGUGGCUCGCCUUCUCUGUCAGCCACCGCCAAAGUAUCAGUGGAGGUAGCUGACGUGAACGACAACACGCCCACGUUCGCCCAGCCGGAAUACACCGUGUUCGUGAAGGAGAACAACCCGCCGGGCUGCCACAUCUUCACGGUGUCAGCGCGUGACGCGGACUCGCAGGAGAACGCGCUGGUGUCCUACUCGCUGGUGGAGCGGCGGGUGGGCGAGCGCGCGCUGUCGAGCUACGUGUCGGUGCACGCCGAGAGCGGCAAGGUGUACGCGCUGCAGCCGCUGGACCACGAGGAGCUGGAGUUGCUGCAGUUCCAGGUGAGCGCGCGCGACUCGGGCUUCCCUCCUCUGGGCAGCAAUGUGACGCUGCAGGUGUUCGUGCUGGAUGAGAACGACAACGCGCCGGCGCUGCUACCGCCUGGGUCAGGCGGCGUGAGCGGCUCUGUGAGCGAGCUGGUGCCACUGUCAGUGGGUGCGGGCCACGUGGUGGCGAAGGUGCGCGCGGUGGACGCAGACUCGGGCUAUAACGCUUGGCUAUCAUAUGAGCUGCAGUCGGCGGCGGGAGGCGCUCGCAGCCCGUUCCGCGUGGGUCUGUACACUGGCGAGGUGAGUACUACACGUGCCCUGGACGAGGCGGACGCGCCACAACAGCGCCUGCUGGUGCUGGUGAGGGAUCACGGCGAGCCCGCGCUGACGGCCACAGCCACCGUGCUGGUGUCGCUGGUGGAUAGCAGUCAGGCCCUGAAGACGUCGUCGUGGGCGUCAGCUGGCGCUGCGGGCCAGGAGGCCGCCCUGGUGGAUAUCAACGUGUACCUGAUCAUCGCCAUCUGCGCGGUGUCCAGCCUGUUGGUGCUCACGCUGCUGCUGUACACCGCGCUGCGGUGCUCGGCGCCGCCCACAGAGGGCGCGUGCGGGCCGGGGAAGCCCACGCUAGUGUGCUCCAGCGCAGUGGGGACCUGGUCCUACUCGCAGCAGAGGAGGCAGAGGGUGUGCUCUGGGGAGGGACCGCCCAAGACCGACCUUAUGGCCUUCAGCCCCAGUCUUCCGCCAUCAGAAGAUUGUUUAAAUCCUUCCUGUGAAGUAAGUCAUUUGUAUAAUUUAAAUAUGUAUAUACAUAUAUAUAUAUUUUAAAGC